AAAUACUUAAUUUCAUAAUUUUCCACACAGACAAAUUAAUAUUUAAAUUUUAAUUUUAACAAAGAAAAGUUUGUCAUUAUCUGAAAGUCUAUUUGAAAUAUGGUCAGUAUAUUGAUAAAACAUGUAUCGUAUCCAAGAAGCUUGAUUCUGUGAUUAGCUAGUUCUUAAAUGUAGAAUCAAUUGAUGAGUAAUAAUUAACAAUUAUGUUAUGGAUUUCUCUAUUGUUAAUCCAUAUAAUUGUGUAAAUUUGUUUAGCCAUGUUUUAUGAGAAUAUUAUAAAAAAUAAUUAAUUAAAAACAAAUUUAUCUAUAAAAUAAAUUGAUUAUUAUAAAAUAAUCAACAGUGAAUCUAGUAGUAUUGCUCACAACAGAAAUAUAUUCAUAAAUAUGGAUUGCAACAUUUGGGAAUCAGAUAUUGCAGUAAUUAAAUACUCAAACUCCAACUCACUGAAACAAAUCAGAUUGAAGGAUUAUAUUAAAGAUAUUUAUAUCUCUGAGUUUUCUAGAGAAUGGAAGAGGAACAUAUUGGAUCUAAUACCUUGUGCAGACAGAAGAAAGCAUUCCUCCUUCAUAAAUUUGGUAUUGGAUGAAGUCAAAGAAAUGUAUGUUGAAAAUAUGAAAGACUUUGCACUGAGAUCCAUCUUAUCCUGCAAAGUUUACAUGAGAGAGCACACCACUUGCGAAGAAUGCAAUGUUUCUUCUGGCUUGAAACAGAACAUCAUGGAAGAAUAUACAACACGUUAUCAUGAAAUUGGAAUGCUAACACUGCACGGUUUCCAAGAUAUGGUCUUCAGAGACAUCAAGAGAGGUGCUCUGACAAUCACCAAUAAGUUUUAUACUGAAACCUUCAAGGCUGUACAGAAAUCAAAGACAUUAAGAGGUAUCUCCGCGAAGCGUCUGUCGCAACUUAUGCAAUGUCUCACGAACGUAUUCGUGCAACAGAUUCUAAGUGUGAUGAUGAGAUCGAUCGAUCACAUAAUAAGCAUUAUGAGAGAUGCUCGCUCCUGCCCUCGAAUUGAGUUUCAACUAGUAUACGAAGGCGACCAGCUUGUGACUCGACCAGACAUAGAGGAGGUGUUCUCGACGUACCACGAUAUUAUCAGAAGCAUCGAGGCUAUUGCACAAGAUCUGAUGCCUCUGGAAGAAUGGCUAGACAUCAAGGCGAAUGUAAAGUAUAUAAAAAUAAUGCUUCCCGACUGGUUUGUCGAAGAGUCUCACCGCAACUUGCAGGAGAUACUGGAUGCUUUGUUCCAACCUGUAAACGAGCACGUGACGCUCGUUUCCGAAGAAUUCAGCGGUGUGUGCGCAUCGAGCACUAGGAGCCGAAUACGCUCGUUAACUUCCAAACAACCGAACUUCGACGUAUAUCUCACGUACAUACACAAGUACAAGGAAUACCUGACCAAGACGAACUCUAUGCUGUCCAAUUUGUAUUACAAUGUAGGCAAAUUGGAGCAGAUCAGCGCCAAGGAGUCCCUGACGCAAAUCUGCUGCGACGUUAUAAAUGUGCUUACGGUGGAACUCGUGAGGUAUCAUCAGGACUUCAAUCGUUCUAUCUGUCUGGACUUCGAGGAUCUGAAAUCCAAGGCGCUGGAUAUUCCAAAAGAUGCGGAAUCGUUGAUACACUUGAGCGAAUACGUGUCGCAUGCUUCGAAGGUAUCGAUGAAGGAGCAAGAGCUGCAUAUACGACAAUCGAUCUACAUGCUGUGUAAAUUGUCGGACAUCGUUGUGCUGAGCGACGAGCACGUCGAGUUGAACAAGACUACCGUGAAUUGGCUACGUGACAUUCAGCCGAUCUUCGCACAGAGCAAUACGUUAUGCGAGGCAAUGAAGAGCGAACUAGAAGAGGAUCUUCAACGACGGAUAAAUACGUUGAACUCAGAGGUCGACGCGAUGUUCCCGCAGCUCAUUAUCCUAGACAACAUGGACGACGUUAGUAGAGUCGGGGAGUAUGCAGAACACUACAAGAACCUGAUGAAAAAGUAUGAUUAUAUGAAUGGCGAGAUGCAAGUCAUCAAUUCGGAAGAGAGACUCUUCAAGUUCCCUGAAACGGAGUUUCCGAAGAUCAAUGAGCUGAAGGAGACGAUCGUGCCGUUUUACACGCUUAUAUGCGCUAUUCACCAAUGGCAACGAGACAACUCCGUGUGGCUGAACGGCCCAUUCGAAUGCCUGGACGCCUCCGUCAUUGAGAAGAAGACCGUAAACUAUCUCGACAAGAUAACGGAGAUGAGCAAGACGAUGAAGUCGCGCAUCAAGAUGGACGUGACGGCGAAUAAGUCCUAUAAAUUUGCCGGCAUCGCCGACGAUCCCGACCCGAUGCAGCAGCCGGCGCCGUUAAAAUUGUGUUGGCAAGCGCUGAGGAACGUCAACGAGUUCAAGGUCUAUCUACCGCUCGCAGUCUGCAUGUGCAAUUCCGCUCUGGAAGCGCGUCAUUGGCAAGAGAUGUCCGCAAUAUGUAACUUCGAUCUCACACCGAACGCCGGGACAACUUUGAAGAAGAUGAUCGACAUGAACUUGAUGGACAAUAUCGACAAGUAUAAGGCUAUAAGCCUGGGCGCCAACAAAGAGCUUCGUCUUCAGCAAGAAUUGGCUGAAAUGAUUAGAGAAUGGCAGCCGAUAUCAUUCGAGAUGUCGAGCGACGCGCAGUCCGGUAUAGUAGUUUUCAAGUAUAUAGACGACAUCGAGACAUUGCUCAGAGAACACCUCAUCAAGAUCGAAGAGAUGAGAGCGUCUCACUUCGUCAAGCCUAUAUUAUUGGAUGUAGUUGAGUUCCUCGCUGUGCUCUUGAGGAUCCAAGAAAGCCUCGAUCAAUGGACGAAUAUACAAUUCCGUAAACUGCUGCUGGACUUGGUAUUCUCUUACCCAGGGAUAACGACACGUUUGGAUGAGGAAACUACAUUGUACCUGCAAGCAACGAAAAUUUUAUCAGACAUUUAUAACAAAUUCACGGAGAAUCCGAGUUACCAAGACAUCAAGGAAUCGACGGAUUUAUUGGAGAUCUUGAACCAAGUUAACGAGAAGUUGGAGAAAGCCGACAGAGGCGUGAAAAGUUACUUAGAUAUGAAGAGACUGUCCUUUUCAAGAUUCUUCUUCCUCGAAAACUCAGAGAUCCGAAAUAUAUUGUUCGAGUCUGACAUAGUAAAACGUUACACUGUUGUGAAGAAAUGUUUCUCUGGUAUAGAACGAUUGAAACUUAACAGAUCCAGUUGCAUUCAAUGCAUCAUCGGAUGUUACGGGGAGACUGUACGUUUGAAGAACAACAUUCCAAUGGUCCCCAACACGGAGUGCGAAGAAGAAUGGUUGAUUCAGCUCGAAAGAGAGAUGAUAGAUGCAGUUCACGAAAAUAUUCUGCGAUAUCAUCCUCUAGUCGAAGAAGAUCUGAUAACUGUCUACACAAGUAAUGUCCCAAGCAUGGCUAUUGUUUGUGGUCUUCAACUUCAUUGGACUUCCUCGGUGGAGGAGUGUCUCACGUCGUUAAACGGCGCAACGUUAAAGUCUUUGUUCACAAGAUAUGCCGACUGGAUGGUUUCCAUGACGAAAGAGCUGAGAAGUAAUUUAAUACGAAGAUGUAGAAACCUACUGAUGUCGUUGAUUAUUAUUGCGUCUGCCCAUAAGGAUACUUUGAGACUGCUGAUGGAGAGGAACGUUACCGAGCGAAGGGACUUCGAGUGGACCGCACAGUUGAAAUAUUAUCGCCACGAUGAAGUCGUCGAAGUGUCGGUAUUCAAUGCAACAAUCGAAUAUGGAUACGAGUACAACUAUUAUCAGCAGAAUAUCGUUAACACACCUUUAACCGACAGGUGCUUCCGCGCUGUGAUGCAGGCAUAUCGUUAUCAUUUGUACAGCAGCAUCAUUGGACCGACUAAUACCGGUAAGACGGAGACGAUCAGGAGCUUAACAAGCGCUCUCGCGAAGCCGUUUUACAUCGUCAAUUGUAACCAGAGCGUUUCUUACGAGUGCGUGACGCAAGCGUUCAAAGGUGUGGUUUCCUGCGGCGCUUGGAUCUGUCUUAAGAAUUUCGACAAGUUGAAACUCGAAUUGCUGUCAGCGAUCGCUCAGAAUCUCACACAGAUGAAGCAAGCGAUGUCGUCCAAAUUAAAGACUGUGAACCUCGACGGCUACAUCUUUGACUUCAACGCCUCUGGGAACAUAUGUAUCAAUAUUAACUCGGAACGAUUCGGAUAUACUAAUUUGCCGGAUAAUCUGAAAGUUUUGUUCCGUUCUGUGUCGAUGAUUGCGCCGAAUAUUGAAAGGAUUGCUGAGAUUAAGCUGUUUGCCGGUGGAUUUCUCUGCGUGAAAGAUCUGGCGGUGAAAUUAAGCGUCAGUUACAAGUUAUUGUCCGAACUUCUAGAAAAAAAAAAUUGUUAUAAUCUUGGUUUGUCAUCGCUGAAGACUGUCAUCGAAACCGCGAUUAGCAUGAAACGAAAUCUGCCGGAGGAAAACGAGUAUAUGUUGCUGCUGCGUUCGUUAAUCGACAUAAAUAUCCCGCAGCUGUAUAAUACUGAUGUUCACAUUUUCCAGAAUGUGAUACAAAACGUCUUCCCCGAGACUGUCAUGUUCCCUUUCGAUAACUCGGCGAUUUUGAGCGCACUCGAAAGCGUGUGCGCGAAGAGAUGCCUGACGUUGCACCAGAUCUUCAAGCUGAAAGCUAUACAGAUCAUCGAGCUGAUGUAUGUCCAUCGCGCUUUUAUACUCGUCGGUGAGCCUUCGUGUGGAAAGACGGAAAUCUUGCAUACGCUUGCCGAGACGUUUUCGUCACUGCGUGAUCAGAAAAGCAAACUCGGUGCCACGGUGAAACUCGAGACUGUUAUUCCAGGUGUGUUGAACAGCGACGGACUCUUUGGGCAUUUCUGCGGCGAGUCAAGGAUCUGGAAGGACGGUUUAUGCACCGCCGUGUUUCGUCGUUUCGCGGAAGACUUCUCGACCGAUCGCAAAUGGCUGGUGUUCGACGGAGCCUUGAGCGACGCAUGGAUAGAGAACUUUUACACGGCUCUGGACGAGAACAGAAUGUUACAUUUGGCAUCUGGCGAACGACUCCCCAUGACGGAAUCGAUGCACGUGAUCUUCGAGACAGCGAGCCUGGUAGAAGUCUCGCCUAGUUUAAUAUCACGAUGCGGAGUCAUUUAUAUCGACGCUUACUCCAUUGGCUGGAGGCCAUACAUGUUGUCGCACAUAGCGAGGCACGACAUUUACAGCGGCUACGAGAAAAUAUUGAGUACUUUGUUCGAUUGGACGAUAGAUCCGUGUUUGAAUUUCUUGAGGGAGAACACCGACGUGCCAAUAGCUCGUGAAUUGCAUCUCGUCGUAUCAACGUUGAAUCUAUUCGAGAUGAUCUUGAAAGACGCUUGCAAGGAUACCGCGGAGGAUACAGGAAAUCACUUUGUCGUAUGGGCGCAAGCCGCCUUAAUUUUAGCCAUUGCUUUGGGACUGGGUGGGAAUUUGAUUGACGACUCGCAGACUCGAUUCAACGCUUUCUGCAUGUCCUUCUGGAACGGUACGAACGCGAAGUACCCAAAGCCCGAUGGUAUUAAACAGUUCGACGUGACGCUUCCUACCGAGGGUCUGAUUCAAGACAACUUCUACAUCUUCAAAGGCAUGGGCAACUGGAGAUACUACGGUGACUCACUGAAAACCGAAAAGAUCCCCGAGAUAUCUAAUUUCAGUCAAAUCUAUAUUCCGACUAUUAGCAGUGCGAAGUAUCACCAAGUGUUCUCGAAGCACAUUCAACACCGGAAGCCUUUCCUCGUGUAUGGCGACGUCGCCAUUGGAAAGUCCUGUAUGAUACGCGAUCUUUUGAGUAAUAGAUUGCCGGAAAAUUGUCUGUCCAACUUUUUCAGUUUCAUUUCCAUGGUCAGCGUGAGCAGAACGCAGAGCUUGCUGUUUUCCAAGCUGAACAAAAUACGACGUACGAAUUAUGGGCCGGGAAGGAACCGGUACUGCGUGAACUUCGUGGACGACGUGAGUGAAACCGUUGUACAGCGACCGAAGGCGCAGUCCGUAUUCGAGCUUUUACGACAACUUCUCAGUUAUAAUUACUGCUAUGAUGUGAACGAAUUGACGAAGAUUUUUGUGGAAGAUAUUGUGUUCACACUUGCAGUAACAACGGAAAAGAUCGAUGGAAACGUACCUCUUCGAUUCUUGAGACAUUUCAAUACUUACACGAUUCCAGCUCCUACAGCCGAAAAUAUAUUUAGGAUUUACUCCAAUGUAUUACUCGUCAACUUGAAGAAAAACUUGUUUGCAGCGGACAUCACGGGAAACGUGAACAGUAUGGUAAACGCGACUAUUGACGUGUAUAAAUCCGUGAUAAAGACGUUGCGACCGGUGCCCAACAAAUUGUGCUAUUUCUUCAACAUGAGAGAUAUAUCUAAAGUAAUCACCGGGUGCAGCUUGAUUCAGAAGGAGUCGGUGGAAACAAAGAUCAUAUUUAUCCGACUGUGGGUGCACGAGGUCCUGCGUGUGUUCGGCGAUCGCAUGUCGGAUGAGAGCGACAAAGAGUGGUUGUUCCUGAGGACCCGCGACGCGGUGAAAAAGAACUUCAAAGACUCGUUCGAGAUCGCGUUCGACCAUCUGCCUAAACUCGAGAACGGUCAGAUUACUAAGGACAGCUUCGGCGACUUCGCGUUCAGUAAUCUCAUGGAUACGGAGAGAAGCGGCAGAGGUAAGCGGUACGAGGAGAUCAGCUCCAUGGAAACGCUGAGGAACAAAGUCCUCGCUCACUUGGACGAAUACAAUGCGAACGCCAAGAAGAAGCUCGACAUUGUCGCAUCUCAUUAUAUGUUGAAGUCUCUGAUCAAAAUUUCUAGGGUCCUGAGCACCCCGGGUGGAAAUGUGCUGAUGAUAUCCACCAUAGGAUCUGGCAGAAAGACCACGACCGCUCUCGCCGCUUUCAUGCAGCAGCAGAGCCUAUUCGAAACUACCACAGAAUCUUAUUACGACGCAAAUGCAUGGAGAAACAACUUGAGAAAAGUUUUGCGGGAAUGUGGAGCGUUGCGAAAGGACGUCACGUAUUUCAUGAGCGAGCGACAGAUGAAGGAUGAGUUCUUAAACGACAUCAGUUGUUUGUUGAGCACCGGAGAGUUACCCGACUUGUUCUCCAUCGAGGACAGACAGAGUAUAAUCGAGAUGACACGACUUCAUGCUCAGGAUGGCGAUCGAAAUGUGGAGCUGAGCGCGCGUUCAGUGAUGCUGUAUUUCGUCGAGCAGUGCAAGAACAGAUUACAUUUCGUGCUGUGUUUCAGUCCCGUUGGGUUUAGAACGUUUUUGUGUUCGCAUCUAAACUUGGCAAAGCACUGUACAGUAAACUGCUAUGAGGACUGGCCCGACCAGGCUCUUUUGGAGAUCGCAGUGAAGCAUAUGAAGCACGUGAAUGUGCAAGAGGAAAUCAAAACGCAAGUGGCGAAAACUUGCGUGCAAUUCCACAACGAUGCGAAACGGAUGAGUCUGAGGUACCAUGAAACGUUCGGCAGAAUGAUUCACGUGACGUCUUCUGCCUUCUUGCACAUGCUGAAGUUGUAUACACGGCUCACGUCAAAGAAGCAGGAGGAAAUCGUUGCUACGCGAAACAGAUACGUAGCAGGCUUGGAGAAGUUGGAAUUAGCAGCCGAGCAGGUGGAGCAGAUGAAGGCUACUCUGACUAUCUUGAAGCCUCAGUUGGAAUUGUCUGCUCAACAAACGAUGAUCACUAUGAAAGAGGUAGAGAACGAGAACGUCACUGUGGAACAAGCCACGAUUGUCGUGAAGAAGGAAGAGGAGAUCGCGAACAAGAAGGCAGAGAUCGCGGGUGCUCUGAAGUCCGAGUGUGAGGCUGAUCUUGCCGUCGCGAUACCUAUCCUUGAAGACGCGGUGGUCGCUUUGAAUACCUUGAAGCCGACCGAUAUCACGCUAGUGAAGGCGAUGAAGAAUCCCCCGGACACUAUCAAGCUAGUGAUGGCAGCCGUUUGCGUGAUGCUGGGUGUCCCACCGGAUCGCACUAUCGAUCCAGCCACCGGCAAGAAGUACACGGACUUCUGGGGUCCAAGCAAACGCAUCCUCGGCGAUAUGAAUUUCUUGCAGAACCUCAAGGAUUACGACAAGGACAACAUAGCACCCACGGUGAUGCAGGUGAUCAAGAAAACGUACAUGACGGACAAUAGCUUCAUGCCGCACAUAGUCGCAAAGGCGUCCAGCGCUGCCGAGGGUCUCUGCAAGUGGGUACGCGCGAUGGUGUCCUACGACGAGGUGGCCAAGGUGGUCGCACCCAAGAAGAAGAAACUAGUCGAGGCGCAGACGGAGUGCAACGAAGCCGAGGCGUUCUUGAACGAGAAACGGCAGACCUUGGCCGCGCUGAACGCGAAACUGGCGGCGUUGAACGACAGUCUGCGGCAAACGUUGCAGAAGAAGCUCCAGUUGGAAACGGAAGUGACGACAUGCACCACCAAGUUGGUCAAGGCAGAAAAGCUGAUCACGAGUCUGGGUGGCGAGAAAAACCGUUGGGUGCAAUGCACUUGCAGCCUUCAAAUGAAUUACGACAGCCUUGUGGGUGACAUGCUGCUCUCAUGCGCAUUAAUCGCUUACAUGGCGUCCUACAACAUUUCAUUUCGCGAUGAGAUAUUGAUCAAGUGGAAAAAAGUCAUGGAAGCUUCCAAAAUACCUUACACUAAAACUUAUAGUUUAAUAAACGUCUUAGGCGUGGAAAUUGAAAUAAAUUAUUGGCAACUUUGCGGCUUGUCCAAGAAUCGCUUCGCAAUAGAGAACGCGGUGAUCUUGAACAAUUCAGAGCAAUGGUGUCUUUUCAUCGAUUCGCAAAAUCAAAUAAAUCAGUGGAUCAAAAAGAUUGAGCGGAAGAAUAACUUGAAAGUCGUCAAACUGACGGAUGCUGAUUACAUGACGGUGAUUAAACAAAAUAUUGAGAGUGGCGUGCCGGUUUUGCUGGAGAACGUUGGAGAGACACUGGAGAUUGCUCUGGAACCGAUUCUACUAAAGGAUAUUUACAAGAACGACGAUUGGUACAUUGUUAUCGCAGGUAAAUCGAUCAAGUACUCGCAAAACUUCCGAUUCUACAUCACCACGCGACUGUCGAAUCCGAAUUACGCGGCCGACGUUUCCAGCAAGCUCACGAUCAUCGAUUUUUCCAUGCCAGAUGGAACUCUGCGCGAUAAGCUACUGGAUAUCGUCAUCUCGAAGGAGAGACCAGAGCUUCAAGUAAAAUUCGAGAAGCUGCGUAUCCAAGACGUCACCAACAAGAAGGUUCUCCAACAGCAAGAGGACAACAUUCUGAGCACUCUCUCAUCAACUACCACGAAUAUCCUAGAGGAUGAGAACGCGAUACGCAUAUUGGACUCCUCCAAGACUCUCACCAUAGACAUCAUGAGGCGGCAAGAAGCAGCUAGAGCGAUGACAAAGGACAUCAACAAGUUCAGAGAUGCGUAUCUACAGUUCGCCGACCAUUGCGCGCAAUUAUUCUGCACACUCAACACUCUCUCUAACCUGAAUCACAUGUACCGUUUCUCCUUCUCGUGGUUCAUUCAGUUAUACAUCACGUCGAUCGAGAUCUCCAACAGAAGCGUCAUUCUUGAGAAACGACUGCAGUUUCUCAAGUCUUCUUUCACGAGGAACCUUCACUCCAGCGUCUGCCGUUCGUUAUUCGAGAAACACAAACUCUUAUACUCUUUCUUGUUAUGUAUUAAAGUUUUAAUCGACGCCGAGCAGAUCACGCAAGAAGAAGUUAAAUGCUUCACUUCCUUGGAAGCGGAGAACAGUGAUGCAAUCUCGGGGGAAGCACCUGAAUGGUUAUUAGCGACUACAUGGCGACAGAUUUGUAGAUUAAGCUCAAUGCUGCCUAACUUACACGAACUCGUGAAUGAUUUUCGCUCCAACGGCGCGGCCUGGGAGAGAUAUUGCAAGGCAGCGCCGUUCCGCAGUCACUUGCUGCCAAAACCAUGGGCCGAUAAUUUGACUCGCUUUCAAAGAUUGCUAAUUGUCAAAGUGAUACGACGCGACAAGAUCAUCGUGGAAAUAAUGCGCCUGAUAGAGGAUACCAUGGGCGACGUAUUCAAUUCGUACCCACACCUUCAGAUCUCCGAGUCGUAUGCGGAGUCCAGUUGCUUCACACCGAUUAUAUUCAUUCUGCCAAGCUACAACUCACCCUUGUCGCUCGUCUCCGCGUAUGCGAGCGCUAGAGGAUACACCUCGAAAUUCGUGUCUCUGUCUAUGAGCGACAAGCAGCUAAGCGACGUUGAGGCUCUUGUGAGACGAGCACGAAAGGACGGCGGAUGGGUGUUCCUGCAGAACUGCCAUCACGCUACUCGCUGGAUACCGCGACUUCAGUGGAUCUGCGAGAAUCUGAGUUCAUCUUCCACGUCGUUGGACUUCCGAUUGUGGUUAUCCAGCUGCUCCACUCCAGACUUCCCCAUAAGUAUCUUGCAGAACAGCGUGAAGAUCGCGUACGAUUGCUCUCUUCAGCUGAAGCAAAACUUGCUCAGGACGUACCGGUCCGAGCCCAUCGGGUGCAAGGAGUUCUUCGAAGGGUGUCCCGGCAAGGACAAGGAAUUCUCCAAGCUCUUGUACGGACUGUGCUUUUUCCACGGGAUCGUCAGAGAAAGAAGAUAUUUUGGGCCGCAAGGAUGGAAUAUCCCGUACGAUUUUGACCAAAUGGACUUUGAAAUGUCCGUUAGGCAGUUGCAGGAUCUGAUCAACGACAACGAGAGCAUACCAUUCGACACUCUACUUUAUUUCAUCGGAGAAUGUAAUUACGGUGGGAAGAUCAUGGACAAUCUCGAUCAUAGAUGCCUACGAUAUCUGUUGGAGUCCUUCUGCAACGCUCGGAUGAUCGGUGACGUCGAGUACUCCUUCUCCGGUCACACGGAGCACUUGGUGCCGCAGAGAUGCGAGUAUCGCGAUAUUAUCAUGCACAUUAACAGUAUGCAGUUGGACGCAUCUCCAGAAGCCUUUGCUGUCGACGAGAACGCUCUUGUCACAAAGGACGCUGCUGCCGCUCGAGAAUUCAUAGAAUCGAUAUCUUUGUUAGAUCAAAUCGGACCACCGGAUCAUGAAGUCGUGGCGGAUCGAAUAAGAGAGACAAUCAAUAAAAUUAAUGACAAACUGCCUGCUUUGUUCGACAUUAAUGAGAUUCGAAACAAGCAUCCACUUACUUCACGUGAACCGCUAAAUGCGGUUCUCAUUUAUGAAGCUGAAUUAAUCAAUAAGAUUGUAGUUACAAUUGCAAAAUCUUUGAAUGAUUUGGAGUCAGCAUUAAACGGCGACGUUAUUAUGAAUGAGUGUUUGGAGGAUCUCUCUAAACAGAUCUGCAACAACGAAGUUCCGCGCAUUUGGCGGACAGUCGAUAUUGGAAUUACAACUGGAUAUCUGUCAAAUUACAUCGGCUUGCUUGUAAAACGCCUAAACUUUGUACAAAAUUGGCACGACAACGGUAUGUCUAAUGUUGUCCACUUUGAUGCGCUUUCCUGUUGCAAGAGAUUUUUAUCCGCGGCUCUUCUCACAUUUUCACGACGUCGCAAUGUGUCGAUCGAACAAGUCGCAUUGGAUCUGAAAGUGACAAAGUAUGAUUAUGAAUACAGCGAGGAAGAUGUGGAUACUUAUUAUAUUUGUGGCUUACAUUUAUUUGGCGCUCGAUGGGAUACACAGCGACACGUGUUGACCGAAAGUUUGACAAAUAUAUUUUGCUAUGACAUGCCACCUAUACGUCUUACAUUCAACAGAGAUGAGAUAAUGAACGAUAAUAUUUACAAGUGUCCCGUGUACGUCUCACCAAUACGACACGUGGACGCUGACAAGACUGUAAAUAAGAUAAAAAAUUAUUAUAUUACAAGUGUACCUUUAGAGACUGACGUGUCUCAUGUGCAUUGGAUAAAACGUGGCACAGCGUUAUUCUGUCAAGUAGACAAAUCGAGCAGCUAAGAGUAAUAUUUAAUUUGACUCUCAGUUCUAGGUUAUAAU